UCGCGCAAAAGGGUAGCAGCAGUUCUCUCUGCGUCGUCUCUGCGGAAAAGCGCCGCUCGCUCAGGGUGUACUGUCCGCACCGGGAGGUCGUUGUCUCGCUCUGCAGUGCGUGUGUGUGUAGCUCAUCAUAACGUGCCGACAUCGCGUGUACAAUACAGUCCGGCAUAUACGAGUGUGUGCGAGAGAGAGAGAGGGAGAUAGGGAAUAGAGCGCGAGAGACGCGGCAUGGCUGGUACAGUAGGUGCGUGCAGUAGCAGCAGCGCAGCAGCAGCAGCAGCAGCGACGAGGAAGACUACUCCAGUGGCGGCGGUGGCGGUAGCGAACAACGGCUGCUCUUGUUAGCCGAAGUCGAAGGAGGGCAGAAGCUGCGUCAACAACGUACACACAGAGAGAAAGAGACGGGGCGAGAGAGGAGCAGCGGCGGCGUAGUAGGGAAAAACCGACACGCCGGCGGUUUCAGCCUGUGUGCGAGAGAGCCUGUCGGUGUGCGAGUGUGUGCGGUACCUGCUUCUCGCGACUGCGAGGACUGAGGAGAGCAACAGUAGUCCGCGAGCGGACGCCAGUCGAGAGGGACACACUCGGAGAGGAGCGAGCUCGUGGUGUGUUGUACACAACACCGGAGAGAUACAAAGAGAGACGAUAGAGAGACUAUUAUCGGAGCGUGUGAUUGUGCGAACGCGAGUUGCGAGUAUAUAAGAAGAGGAGGAACGAGAAAGAGAGAGAGAGAGAGAGUGUGUGUUGCCGAAAGAUCGUCGUCGCAUAUAAAGAGAGAAGAUAGGGGGUUAAGAUGGCGGACGCUGACUCGAGGGUGGACCGCUCGGACCCGGAGCUGCGAAUCCUCUCGGUGGACAGGAACAGCUUCAACGACCCGGCCACGCAGGCGGAAUGGACGCAGAAGAAGCUCGUCUGGGUGCCGUCGGAGCAGCAGGGCUUCGUCGCGGCGAGCAUCAAGGGAGAGCGCGGCGACGAGGUCGAGGUCGAGAUCGUCGAGACCGGCAAGCGCGUACUCGUCGCCAAGGACGACAUACAGAAGAUGAACCCGCCGAAAUUCGACAAGGCCGAGGACAUGGCAGAGCUAACCUGCCUGAACGAGGCCUCGGUACUGCACAACCUCAAGGACCGCUACUACUCCGGUCUCAUCUACACAUACUCCGGCCUCUUCUGCGUCGUGGUGAAUCCGUACAAGAAGCUGCCUAUCUACACGGAAAAAAUUAUGGAGAGGUACAAAGGCAUCAAGAGACACGAGGUACCGCCCCACGUGUUCGCCAUCACCGACACUGCCUACCGUUCCAUGUUGCAAGAUCGAGAGGACCAGUCGAUACUCUGCACGGGUGAGUCGGGUGCCGGAAAGACCGAGAACACGAAGAAAGUCAUCCAGUACCUGGCCUACGUCGCGGCUUCCAAACCGAAAUCCAACGCGUCUCCCAGUCCGGCGUUAAUAAUAAGCAACUCUGGGACUGGUUUGGAUAAAUUUGCGGGAGAACUCGAGCAGCAACUUCUUCAGGCGAAUCCAAUCCUCGAGGCCUUCGGUAACGCCAAGACCGUCAAGAACGACAACUCAUCGAGAUUUGGCAAAUUCAUCAGAAUCAACUUCGACGCUUCCGGCUACAUAGCCGGGGCGAACAUCGAGACAUAUCUGUUGGAGAAAUCUCGAGCCAUCCGUCAGGCUAAGGAUGAGAGGACGUUUCACAUAUUCUAUCAACUGCUGUCCGGUGCAUCGCCGGAACAGAAAAAGGAAUACAUCCUGGAAGACCCCAAGCUGUACCCGUUCUUGUCGUGCGGCGCGCUCCCGGUGCCGGGCGUGGACGAUGCUGCCGAGUUCGCCUCGACCGUCAAGGCCAUGCACAUUAUGGGCAUGACCAACGAAGACUUCUCCUCGAUCUUCCGUAUCGUCUCCGCUGUCAUGCUCUUCGGUUCGAUGCAGUUCCGUCAGGAGCGCAACAGCGACCAGGCUACUCUUCCCGACAACACCGUCGCCCAGAAGAUUUCACACUUGCUCGGUCUCAACGUUACCGAGAUGACCAAGGCCUUCCUCAAGCCACGCAUCAAGGUCGGCAGAGACUUCGUCACCAAGGCUCAGACCAAGGAGCAAGUGGAGUUCGCCGUUGAGGCUAUCUCCAAGGCCUGCUACGAGCGUAUGUUCCGCUGGUUGGUGAACCGUAUCAACCGCUCGCUCGACCGUACUAAGCGCCAGGGCGCCAGCUUCAUUGGUAUCCUCGAUAUGGCUGGUUUCGAAAUCUUCGAGCUCAACUCGUUCGAGCAGCUGUGCAUCAACUACACAAAUGAGAAGCUCCAGCAGUUGUUCAACCACACUAUGUUCAUCCUCGAACAAGAGGAAUACCAGCGCGAGGGCAUCGAAUGGAAGUUCAUCGACUUUGGGCUCGAUCUUCAGCCGACCAUAGACCUCAUCGACAAGCCCAUGGGUAUCAUGGCACUGCUCGACGAGGAGUGUUGGUUCCCCAAAGCCACCGACAAGACCUUUGUCGAGAAGCUCGUCGGCGCGCACCACGUGCAUCCCAAGUUCAUGAAGACCGAUUUCCGCGGUGUCGCCGACUUUGCUAUCAUCCAUUACGCCGGCAAGGUUGACUACUCGGCUGACAAGUGGCUUAUGAAGAACAUGGACCCACUCAACGAAAACGUUGUCAGUCUACUGCAGGCCUCGCAGGAUGCGUUCGUCUGCCACAUCUGGAAAGACGCGGAGAUCGUUGGCAUGGCCCAGCAAGCUCUCACGGACACGCAAUUCGGUGCCAGGACCCGCAAGGGAAUGUUCCGUACCGUGUCGCAGUUGUACAAAGAACAGCUGGCCAAGCUCAUGGUUACGCUUCGCAACACCAACCCGAACUUCGUGAGGUGUAUCAUUCCCAAUCAUGAGAAACGCGCUGGCAAGAUCGAUGCUCCUCUCGUUCUCGAUCAGCUCAGGUGUAACGGUGUACUGGAGGGUAUCAGAAUUUGCAGGCAGGGCUUCCCCAACAGGAUUCCUUUCCAGGAGUUCAGACAGCGGUACGAGCUGCUCACACCCAAUGUCAUACCCAAGGGAUUCAUGGAUGGAAAGAAGGCUUGCGAAAACAUGAUUCAAUCUCUGGAACUGGAUCCCAACUUAUACAGGGUCGGACAAUCUAAGAUCUUCUUCAGAGCUGGAGUUCUGGCUCAUCUGGAAGAGGAGAGAGAUUACAAGAUCACAGAUCUGAUAGUCAACUUCCAAGCGUUCUGCCGUGGAUUCCUGGCCAGACGCAACUAUCAGAAACGUUUGCAGCAGCUUAACGCUAUCCGUAUCAUUCAAAGAAAUUGCGCCGCUUAUCUGAAGCUUCGCAACUGGCAAUGGUGGCGUCUGUACACCAAGGUUAAGCCUCUGCUGGAGGUGACCAAGCAGGAGGAAAAGCUCACCCAGAAAGAAGACGAGUUGAAGCAAGUGCGCGACAAGCUAGAAAUGCAAUUGCACUCAGCUCAAGAGUACGAACGCAAAUAUCAACAGGCAAUCGAGGAAAAGACAAUGUUGGCCGAGCAGCUCCAAGCUGAGGUGGAACUGUGCGCUGAGGCUGAGGAAAUGCGCGCCAGGCUGUCGGCCAGAAAGCAGGAGCUUGAAGAAAUCUUGCACGAUCUGGAAGCCAGAAUCGAAGAGGAGGAAGAGCGCACCACUGCCCUGAUGGCGGAAAAGAAGAAGCUCCAAUUGAAUAUCAGCGAUCUGGAAGAGCAACUGGAAGAGGAAGAAACCACCAGACAGAAGUUGCAACUUGAGAAGGUCCACUGCGACGCCAAAAUCAAGAAGUUGGAGGAAGACAUUGCCUUAUCCGACGAUACGAACCAGAAGCUGCUGAAGGAAAAGAAACUCCUGGAGGAAAGAGCCAACGACUUGUCCCAGGCUUUGGCAGAAGAGGAGGAGAAAGCCAAGCACUUGGCCAAGCUGAAGACAAAACACGAGGCGACGAUCGCGGACCUCGAGGAGAGAUUGCUUAAGGACCACCAGCAGCGCCAGGAGGUUGACAGAUCCAAGAGGAAAGUCGAGACCGAGGUAUCGGAUCUGAAGGAGCAACUGGCCGAAAAGAAGGCUCAGCUCGAGGAACUGCAGUUGCUGAUGGGCAAGCGUGAGGAAGAACUCACGCAGGCGCUAACCAAGAUCGAUGAGGAGAGCGCGAUCAAGGCCCAGUCUCAGAAGGCUCUGCGCGAGCUCGAAUCCCAGCUUGUAGAGUUGCAAGAGGACCUCGAAGCCGAGAAAAUCGCCCGCAGCAAGGCGGAGAAACUCAAGCGCGACUUAAACGAGGAAUUGGAGGCCUUGAAGAACGAACUGCUCGACUCGCUCGACUCGACAGCUGCUCAGCAGGAACUACGAAGCAAGCGAGAACAAGAAUUAGCCACUCUGAAGAAGAACCUCGAGGAGGAGACUUCGCUGCACGAGGCGACGUUGCAGGACAUGCGCCACAAACACACCCAGGAGUUGACGACCAUAAACGAACAGAUGGACGCUCUGAAGAAGACCAAGGCCGCGUUGGAAAAGGCAAAGGGCGCUCUCGAGACUGAGAAUGCAGAGCUGACAACAGAGCUGCGUUCGGUGAGUGCGAGCAGACAAGAGUCCGACCGCAGGCGUAAGCAAGCUGAACAGCAACUCGUGGAGGUCAACGCCAAGCUCAUGGAAGUCGAAGCCGCAAGGCAGGAGCUCGCCGAGAAGGUGGCCAAGCUUCAGGCCGAGGCCGAGAAUGUAUCUCAGCAGCUGGAGACGGCCGAGUUGAAGGCUUCCGCGGCAAUGAAGGCAUCCGCCACCUGCGAAGGCCAAUUCACCGAACUUCAGCAACAACUCGAGGAGGAAACCAAGCAGAAGCUUGCGCUGAGCUCGAAACUCCGCGCCCUCGAGAGUGAAAAGGAGACCCUGCGCGAUCAGCUCGACGAAGAGGAGGAGGCCAAACGCGCGCUCGAGAAGCAAGUACUGGCUCUCAACACUCAGUACACCGAGGCCAAGAAGCGUGCCGACGAGGAAAGCGAAAACGCUGCAGCUCUGGAGGAGGCGAGAAAGCGCCUUGUAAAGGACAUCGAGGCUCUGCAGCGUCAAGUCGAGGAACUCCAGGCAGCGAACGAGAAGCUUGACAAGUCAAAGAAAAAGAUCCAGGCCGAGCUUGAGGACAGCACAAUCGAACUGGACCUGCAACGCGCCAAGGUUAUUGAACUAGAAAAGAAGCAGAAGAACUUUGACAAGGUUCUCAUGGAAGAAAAGGCCAUAUCCAUGCAGUACGCCGAGUUGCGCGAUGCUGCGGAGCGUGAAGCUCGCGAGAAGGAGACCAAGGUGUUGUCUUUGACUCGCGAACUCGACGAGAUGAACGACAAGGUCGAAGAGCUGGAGCGCGGACGCAAGAGCUUGCAGGCCGAACUCGACGAGCUCGUCAACAAUCAAGGUACUGCUGACAAAAACGUGCACGAGCUCGAGAAAGCUAAGCGUCUGCUCGAGUCCAAGAUCUCAGAACAGCAGGCCCAGGUUGAAGAGCUCGAAGAUGAACUGCAGUGUACUGAGGACGCCAAACUCAGACUCGAGGUCAACAUGCAGGCCAUGAGAGCGCAAUUCGAGCGUGAGCUCCAGGCUAAGGAAGAGCAGGCUGAGGAGAAGCGUCGCGGACUUGUCAAACAGCUGAGAGAUCUGGAAGCUGAACUAGAAGACGAGAGGAAGCAGAGAUCUGCAGCCAUAGCCCAACGCAAGAAGAUCGAGGCCGACUACAAGGAUAUGGAGCAGCAACUCGAGAUGCACAACAAAGUCAAAGAAGACGCCCUUAAGCAGCUCAAGAAGCUGCAGACUCAGAUCAAAGACUGCACCCGAGAAACAGAGGAGGCUAGAGCCGCACGGGACGAACUUGCCGCUGCUUCGAAGGAAGUCGAACGAAAGGUUAAGGGUCUGGAAGCCGACGUGAUGCAAUUGACUGAGGACUUGACGAGUAGCGAGAGAGCUCGCCGUGUUGCAGAGACCGAGCGUGAUGAGCUGCAGGAGGAGCUGAACAACAAUGCGAACAAGGGCACGAUCCUGCUCGACGAGAAGCGCCGACUAGACGCGAGAAUCGCCACCCUGGAAGAAGAGCUCGAGGAAGAACAAUCCUCCAACGAGGUUCUUAUGGAUCGUGCACGAAAGGCGCAGUUGGCCAUCGAACAGCUCACCACAGACUUACAGACUGAGCGCUCGGCCACGCAAAAAUUGGAAUCUCACCGGUCUCUUCUGGAGCGACAGAACAAGGAGCUCAAAGCCAAGUUGGCCGAGCUUGAGACGGCACAGCGAGCCAAGUCCAAGGCUACCAUCCAGGCGCUCGAGAGCAAGAUCAAUAACCUCGAAGAGCAAGUGGACACAGAGACGAAGGAGAGGUUCGCGCAGCAGAAGGUCAACAGGAAGCUAGACAAGAAGGUGAAGGAGCUGGUGCUCCAGGUCGAGGACGAGAGAAGGAAUGCCGAGCAGUACAAGGAACAGGUGGAGAAGGUCAACGGUAGAAUGAAGAGCCUGAAGAGACAGCUCGACGAGGCCGAGGAAGAGAUCAGCAGGCACAAGGCAUCCAAGCGAAAGCAACAGAGAGAUCUGGAAGAUAUGAUGGAACAGAACGAGGUGCUCAAUAGAGAAGUUGGCAAUCUGAAAAACAAACUGAGCGAGUUAGAUACAAAGUCAUCUAGCAGGCCGUUGGGCUCCACUUAUCGUGGCCGCUGGAAGGACGAGAUUAUUCUGAACGUGCGCGGUGGUCAACCAAUCGGUGGAUUGGGAUCGGCGAGACUGAAACGUACUUCCAUGCAGACCGGAGGCUCGGGCGACGACUCAACCACGCAGGACGAGAGCAUAGAUGGCGAGGAAAACGCGAAUUGAUACAGUGCGAGACAAUCUCGAGAAAUCGACGAGGACGACACGCGAAAUAACGCAUAAUAUAAAACAAUAUAUAAGUAUAUAUCGUCCAGAGUCCGGAAUUCGAAAGGAAAGAACACUGGCUUCCAGGGUAAAUGAUAGACAGGCAAAGAUAAGCGAGAGACAGAUACAGUCGCAUUUUUUAGUGCGAUUAGUACGCAAAUCCCUUGCGAAACUGUCUGGGCAAAGGAAAAAAAGAACAACAAGAUGACCGAGACGUCUAGGGAAGUAAUGAUCGAUGCUGAUUUAUACAAUCUUUGUUAUUCUUGUUCCCUCCCCCGUAUACUAGGAGUACAUAAUAUUUAAAGAUUAUGCGUAUACACUAGUUUCUUGAGAUGCCAUCGCACGAAUGCAAAUGUGAACGUCUUGAGCGUACAAGAGUUCGCGAUCGGGAAGUAAGGAAAGAAAGUUUAAUGAUCAUGUACAUAAAUUUACAACCAUACCGAAAGAGGAAAUUGAGAGACCGUAGAACGGUUUAUGAUGUAUGAGGACACGCGGUUCUGAUGCGCGCGCGAAGCUAAACAAAAAACGAAUGGAGGUUCUUGCUACUAGCAAUAAAAAAAAAAGUUUAUAAACCUGUAACACUCUUAGAUAGUUGUAAGCCAUUAUUAUUAUCAUUAUUAUUAUUAUAUUAUUGUAUUAUUGUAUUAUUAUAAUUACUAUUACGUUUUUACAUUGCGAUCAGCAUCAUUCGUAUGGACUUUGUGUUACGAAAAUGAUGAAGUUGUUUCAACGAUAGAUCCGAAAUUCUGAGAGAUAAAAUCCACUUCAGAGAGCAGAAGACAAUGUAGAGAAGCUGCGUUACGGGGUCGCUUUCAUUUUAAAGGACUCGCUAUGUGACUUUUCGGCCUUUUGGUGCUUUUACACAUUUCGCUUGAUGAGCAUUUAUAAAAUAAAUGAAAAUCAUGAUUAAUGUUGCUUCCUGCUUACGUACAAUUAAUUUACCUUCGCGCGUAUUAUUCGAGCAACUAAAGUUACUUAACGCUACUACUCUCGCGUUGUACUUAAGCUUCUUUUAGUUUGAUCACUCACGCGUUGUACCUUUAAAAUGGAACGCGUGUUUUCUUGGUUUUUUUUUACACAUGACGGGAGGAAAAAUUUUUAAGUAAAAAGAGCGGAAGCCUUUUGUUCACGACCGUAACUUUGAAAAAAAAAAUUACAGAAAAACUGCGUCCGGCAUACAUGGACUUUAUAUACACGGACUUUCGAUAAAAAAAAAUGCGUAAACUGCCGGUAGGAGAAAGAAAGAGAGAGGAGGUUCUCGAAACGUCAAUUCUCGCACGUUCGAUUUUAUAUGAGCAUUUUACGAAAUUCUUUGUAUUUAAAAGCAUUUACAAUAUUUAUACAGCCUAUAUUAAGAGGAAAAAACGAAGCCGAAACUAAUAAGAAUUGAAUAGACUAACUUGAAAGACUAGUAUAUUUUUUGAUGAUACUAAUGCACGACGCAUAAGUCGAUGAGUGUUUAAGAUAUAGACAUUAGACAGUGCGCAGUACGAUAACCGUAACCUUAUUAUCCAAUGUAACUAGGGCCUUAUUAUGAUUAACAGGAAUUGUUUGUAACGUUGCAGGACCGUCGGAUUCGAAAGCCUCUGAAAGUGUCGUUACACACUAAUUUUGUAUAUAUACAUACGAGUAAAUUUACGCGGGUGCGCUCAGUUGGUUAAAGCACGCGUCGCUGUAGCAGCCAGUAUAUACACGCUCGUUGAUUCUAGCUUUUUAGCUCCAUUUUUAAUUGCCACAAGUCAGUACCGGCAGAUCCGAUUUAUUAUUUCCUUCUACGUACACAUAUUAUUAAUUUUACUCUGGUGGCGAAAGACGAAGUGAGUGGCAUUUUUUUCGUUUCAAAGAAACCAUUAUAUAAAAGAAAAUAUAACGCAUGCAAUUAAAAUAUGAAAUAUUAAUAGAUUCGGAAAAAUGUGAGUGAGUUUUGAUACCUUUUAUAUCGAUCAAACACACAGGCGAUGGCUUGCGCGCGCUGAUCAUACAGUUAAUUGGAUCUUGCAUAUACAAAAGAAGAUAUAAUAAUAAAGUACAGAACCAAUUAGUUUAAAAAAAAA